GUAUUUGGAACAUUAUCUGGACAGUAAGAGCCGACCGAAGCAGCGGGUCGUGGGUCGUGGAGCGGUGCGGAGGGUCCGGGUUGACAGAGUCUGUAGCUCCGAGGCCCUGGGGGCCUGAAGCUCACAGUUGAGAAAGAGUAUUGAAAACCUCCCAUUUGAAUUACAGAGAAACUUUCAGCUCAUGAGGGACCUAGACCAAAGGACAGAGGACCUGAAGGCUGAAAUUGACAAGUUGGCCACUGAAUAUAUGAGUAGCGCCCGCAGCCUGAGCUCCGAGGAAAAAUUGGCCCUUCUCAGACAGAUCCAGGAGGCCUAUGGCAAGUGCAAGGAAUUUGGUGACGACAAGGUGCAGCUUGCCAUGCAGACCUAUGAGAUGGUGGACAAACAUAUUCGGCGGCUGGAUACAGACCUGGCCCGUUUUGAGGCUGAUCUGAAGGAGAAACAGAUCGAGUCAAGUGACUAUGACAGCUCUUCUAGCAAAGGCAAAAAGAAAGGCCGGACUCAAAAGGAGAAAAAAGCUGCCCGUGCCCGUUCCAAAGGGAAAAACUCAGAUGAAGAAGCCCCCAAGGCUGCCCAGAAGAAGCUAAAACUUGUGCGCACAAGUCCUGAGUAUGGGAUGCCCUCAGUGACCUUUGGCAGUGUCCACCCCUCUGAUGUGUUGGAUAUGCCUGUGGAUCCCAACGAACCCACAUAUUGCCUUUGUCACCAGGUCUCCUAUGGAGAGAUGAUUGGCUGUGACAACCCAGAUUGUUCCAUCGAGUGGUUCCACUUCGCCUGUGUGGGGCUGACAACCAAGCCUCGAGGGAAAUGGUUUUGCCCACGCUGCUCCCAAGAACGAAAAAAGAAAUAGGUUUCCUUGGAUUCCAUCCCAGAUCUCUUCCAAAUCCCCCUGACCUGGGCUAGUGACAGAGAGGAACGCCUCUGCUGGGGACUGGGGGUCCAGGGAGAUGUCGACAGUGCAGUACCGCCGUCCCUUCUCCCUCUCCCUACUCCUGGUGCUGAGGCUGCAUCCAAACCCCGGUAGGGAGGGCGCCACAGCCACUGACGGUAUGUGCUCUCGCUCCACUCUCUCCUCCAGAGGGAAGGAAUCCCACUCACUGUCCUUUUGCCUCCAUGGUGAGGUUGGUGCUGUAUUUCAGAGGGAGGGUCCUCUUCAUUCCCUUGCUUUGUAUUUAAGGGCUGGGGCAGUGGAGUGGGCACUCUCCCAGUCUCCUCAAUCUCCCCUUCCCCCACCGGGGCUAGGUAGGACAAACCUCUCCAUCCUCUUUCUUUUUUCCAUGGUGAGGGAUCUUCUAGAUCAUUUGGGCUCUGGCCUAGUUGAGUGAUUACCCCUUCCUCUGUGACCCGGGGAUUUAUCCUGACUGAAUGGGAGAGGGGCAAGGUGGAGCACAGAUAACUCACAUGUAAAAGGAGUGGGGUAGGUAAAUAAAAGCUAUCCACGCUGGCCUGCUGUGUUUAUUGUAGAGCCUGUUUCCGUACAUGUGCUAAACAUUCCUUUUGCAUCCUCUGGAUUGGAUGAGAGGCAGGAGAAUGGCUUGCCAGAAAUAGGACAAGACAUGAAACCCAAAGUGGUACUUGUCCUGUGAUAUUUACGACUUGCCCACCUGGAGGGGUGCCUUGCACUGGGGGACUCAGAACUUUGUAAUUAUGCAUCUGCUCCAGUGAAGCACUUUUCACCUGAUUCCAAUAAAUCAUGUAUUUGCGUUAA